UCCUCGUUCUGAAACAUCGCCCACCAAAGCCCUCAUGGAUUCUUUCGGGUCUACCUACGACAGUUAUGAAUGGCAUUACUCAAUGUCUUUGAGCGACAGUUAGAGACAAUUUCUCGGACAGCCUUAGUAAUUGUACCCGAACGUCCUGGUCAAUCGCUCGGCGCGUCUUAGAAAUCGUGGAUAAAUGGAGUCGAUCUUUCAGUUUCCACGGUUCUUCGACUUCUUCGUUCGUCAUCCUGCGGCGAGACCGUUCAGGUGACUGCCGCACUACACAGCACGCCACCUUUCCGUGAAAUUGCGUACUUAUGUGGGUGCGCCCUUUGUCAGCCUACACAGUAGUAAUACGCACGCCCGGGAGUAUAUAACCGCUGCUCUUUUGUGUAACGAUUUUCAGUAUAGCCCAUCAUCAUGUCUUCUGGUGUAACCGCCGACCUCUUUUUCAUGCAGCCGCCUGCUAACGGCGAACGAGCAUACACUGCGAUCAAUGCUCAGUCUCCUGGAAAGCGAGAUAGGAAUUACUCCCUCGAAAAAAAGGCCAUACACAUCGAGAAUUAUAGGGAAAAGCAGGAUCCUAUAACUCUUGACACUGCCGGGUUCCAGCUCAUCUCCGAUCGACCUACUCAGUUUAUCAAGGACGGAGAGGUGCAGGUUGAGGGUUACUACGAGGAGAGUAUCGCAGCUAUCAAGGAGUCGACGGGAGCGAGCAGAGUCGUUCUAUUCGACCAUACAAUACGCAGACGUCGUCUGGAAGAAACUGAAGACACCCCAGAGAAGCGACAGCCAGUUGCCAGUACGCAUGUCGACCAGACCCCCAAGUCAGCCGCUACGCGUGUACAUCGUCACCUUCCACCAGAGGACGUCCCAAAACUGCUGUCUAAGCGGUUCCAGAUCAUCAAUCUUUGGCGACCCAUUCAGAAUCCAGCUAUCGAUUGGCCUCUAGCUCUAUGCCAUUUCGCCAGCGUUGAUCCAGAGAAAGAUGUCGAGCCGGUGACUUUGAAAUAUCCUCACAUGGACGGGGAGACCUAUGGUAUUAAAUACAAUGAGCGUCAGAAGUGGGGGUAUUUCAAGGACGUCCGACCUGACGAGUUUGUUCUCAUCAAAUGGUUCGUUCCCUGUCUUCACGACGAAACAAGUCCCACUAAUAUCCUUGAAUGCUAGUUUUGAUUCUGUUCGAGACGGAAGCGUAGCCCUCUUCACACCCCAUACGGGCUUUGCGGACCCGACGACCCCUGAAGGGACGCCGCUCAGACAAUCAAUUGAACUCAGGGCUUUGGUAUUCUAUGACUGAGUUGUAAACAUAAGUACUUCACCAUUAUGUUCGUCUUGUAGUUCUAAGUCUUCGUCAGUCAAUCAGAAUAUAGCUUCUCUUAAUAACAAAACAUGGACGUGAUCUUUUAAAUUCGUAUCUGCUAGGGAAGGCACAGGAGAGUUUCUCGAAGGGGGUUCAUUAGCAUCGGCAAAACGUCCUGCAAGUUCGGCGGAGAAGACUACUUCGAAUUUGAAUUCAACGGUGAUUCGCGAAUGUCGAACAGCAGAAAUGAGAAGCAGGUAGGACAGUCUUCCGCUGGGAGAA